ACGCUUUUCAUAAGUGUAUGUUAUAAAACCCUAAUUGUUGCAGUGUUCUUGUAGUUCUUUUAUGGUAUCAACCGCGCCAACAUUGAACGUUUAUGUGAAAGUGAAUCCUGCUCAUGUCUUAACGUUUGCUUGUAUUCAGAAAUACUGGCUUCAACACAUCUUAUACGACAUUUAAACACACCUUCUUCGUUUGGCCGUGAUAAAGAGCUGUGGUUACAGAUUCCUGGCUGCAGCACAUUGCUCUCUGGCCACAGCGCGUUUCUCCCCAGCCACAGGGGGCUGACUGACUGAGAAUCCCUGCUGCUGGGAUCACGUCUACCAUACUGUCUUUAUGUAGCCGCAGACCUUCUACAGAACGACACGUGAGGGUAUCACAGUUCAAAUGAACCGAGAGGAAAAGGUCAAAGGACUGUGGGGCUCUCCAGCUGAGUUUUGUGAGGGAUCACAGCUGGACAGACCAGGCGGGCAGAGAUCGUGACGGGGAUCAUAAAGGCUGUUGUGUCGGCUGUAUUGUUGCCGGCAGACCUACCAGACCUGCAUUUUGGUUAAAGAGCUCCCAUCAGCUGCACUGUGGCUGACCAGUGACCCCGAUCCCCAGCCUAACCCCAUCUGGGUCACCACUGAGCUAAUAGAGGUGGGUCUGGCCGGGCCUGAUGUGGAAUUUGACCCCGACUGACCCUGUCCCACAAGAAGCCUUUCACUGAGCCCAGACUGGGAAAAGGAAGGAUAAAAGAGCAAGAGGGGUGACAGAGAAGAAAGGAGGAAGAAAAGGAGAGGCGAGAGCAGCAGCACAGCGACCGCUUCUUCAGCAUGCCGGUGGAGACCCUGCGGCCCUCAGACGGCCGUCUGGCCGGGGUCCCCUUCACCUCUGCCAUGCCCUUCAGGAUACUUAACAAGGGUCCAGAUUACUUCCGUCGCCAGGCUGAGCCCGGGGCCCGUAAAUUGAGUGCUGUAGAACGUCUGGAGGCUGACAAGGCCAAGUACGUAAAGAGCCAGCAGGUGGCUCUCACUCGCCAGGCGCCUGUCAAGCCGCCAAUCAUCCGGAAGCCUCUUGUUCCACCAGGGAUGAUGCUCCAGUGCCAGAUCAGCACUCCUCCAGCCCGAAAAGUUCCCCGCUGCCCAGCUGAUGUGGAGAAUGGAGGAGGGAGAGAGGGGCCAGGAGGGAGACGAGGACCUGCUCUUAACUUGGAUAUUCUGAAUAACCUUAUCAAUGAUGUAUGUGAUGGACCAAUGCCCUGUUCCCAGUCCUCUUCCUCCACCUCCCCCUCAUCCUCAUCUCCUUCAUCGGGGGCUAAGAGCAUCGGCAGCAGUCUGUCAGCAGAACAGGAGAGGAGCAACCGACUUCUCAACAACCUCAAACCAUUACAUCAUGGCACCAACAACUCCUCAUCCACCUCUUCUUGCACUUCCUCUCCACUUAACAACAACCUCGGGACCCCCGCAGCUGAACCCACCCGUCGUCCACCCCCUAUCCCUGCACGAGCACCCCGCAUUGUGGUUCCGGCACCCUACAGCUCUCCUAACUCGGUGACAGUUCGCAGGGUGGAUGUUCGGCCUCACGCUGAGAUAAGGAAACCUCAGAGGCCUCAGCUGCAGCCCCAGCUCAGGCCCAGACAGACUGCCCAGGGCCAGGUAGCACACCCCCAAGUCCCACCACCGCCUCCUCCAGCCCCUCAGAACCAACCCCAACCUCACCCUCAGCUCACCACCCCCGCACAAAACCUGCCCUCCCCUCCAGCCUACCUGCCGCCCAGUCCAAUGCUGAUCCGAGCAGGUGUGAUCCCACCAGCCUCCCCCGCUUUCACCCGUCUAUCCAACGCCAGCUCCAAGGGCUCUGCCCGUAAGCACCCGUCCUUGCACCGCUCCAAGUCGGACCUGAGCGACCGCUACUCGCGCGCUACAGCCGACUUGGAACGCUUCUUCAACUACUGCGGGCUGGACCCGGAGGAGGUGGACGGGAUGGGCGGAGUGGAGCGCUUCACGAGAGCCAACUCGGACAUAGUUUCCAUCUCCAAGCUCCGCAGCGUCAGCACGCCCAGCUCGGAGUGCGGGGACGAAGCCGAGCGGGCGAUGGAGGACGGAGGCGACGAGGACGACGAGGACGGGCCCACCAGAGCCAACGAGCGGGUCCCCUACGGCAUCUCUGUCAUCGAGAGGAACGCUCGAGUCAUCAAGUGGUUAUACGGCAUCCGUCAGGCGCGAGAUGCCAACAGUGCUGUCUCUAACGUAUAAGACUAAUGACAGCAGAGGACUUGAAAGACAAAAACAGGGAAGCAGUACUUUUUGUAUGUCUGAAGAAGGGAAGCCCAUCUGUUCAUGCUCUGCUGCCUUACAUCACCUUUAUGGAUAUUCCAGUAGUUUCUGUUUCCUGUGAAGACUCACUUGUUUUGGAAAUUACUCAUCAGUGAUUUUUAUCUGGGCCGCAAGUCAGAGCUGCUUCCCUUGGAGACGAAACGGACAAUACAUUUCCCUUUUACUUCACUUGUAUAAUAAUAUUGGUAUUUGAAAGCAAUAAUAGACUGGUAUAAAUGAUGAUGGUGAGGAUGAAGGCAAGAGGAUGCUUGUGAUGUGGUUUCUCAUGCUAAGGUACUCAGUGUGUGUGUGUGUGAGUGAGUGUGUGUGUGUGUGAGUGUGUGCGUGUGCGCGUGUGUGUGUACCAGAAAGCUACGCAGCACAAAGCCAGACUGGAACUUGGCUAGAGACUCUUACGCUACACAGUACAGUGACUGUCGAGCAAGCCAGGAAGAGAAUCAUGUCGAUACUGUGAAACUUCACACACACACACACACACACAACACACACACACACACACACAAAAGCUUCCAUUUGUAUUUUCAAAAACCUUUUCGGCUGCAAGACUGUUAUACAAAUCUCUGUCUGCAUGUGAGUGAAACAGUUGUACACAUUUCUUUUACAGUAUGUCAUCUCAACAAAGCACAUGCAUUAAUCUCACAGAUAAUCACUUCACAGCACAGACGUACAUUCAGGUCAGUUACAGUGAACACGGUAGCAGCUGCAGUUAGCGCCUGUCUGCGUAUCCCACUGUAACAUCGUUUAUUGCGUUUGCAUCUGAAACACGGUCUCAUGUCUUGGAUUAUGCUGCACUGGUGCGGUGAAAGAAAUCUGUUUACUAUGUAUGUCUUGGCACGGAUGAGAGAGCAGGUCAUAUGAUGAGGGAUGAUCUCAUAAGUGGAUGGUUGAAGUAAGUGUAGCAUGACAAAGUUAUUUGGUCUCCAGAGUAAUGGAGAGAAAAUGAAAGGAUGGGUAAAAUGAAAGGCUGAAGAGAGUAUACUGGUGGAUAAUAAAAGAUAUCUAUGGUAUAUAAA